AUGGCCCUGGAAAGACGAAUAAUGAACAAUGGGACGAAUAUCGACCGAGUCUCGGGCUGUGCUGAGGCAUAUCCUUCCGAUGCAGCACUCAACCGUGCCAACAGGCUCCUUCCACAAAUACUCGAAGAAGAGGCACGCAAUGACCCUCAACGAGUCGUCGCAAUGGUGGCUAAAAUGUCUGAUCUGUCCAUGGGGUUUGAUCAACUCACUGCCGGGCAGUUCUUGCAUGCUGUGGAUUUCACAGCUCAUUGGAUCGACUCUCACAUAGUCAGUUCUUCCUCAGCUGAGACUUUUGCUUUCAUUGGAGUACAGGACUUCCGCUAUCCAAUCAUGGAAAUUGCUGCCAUGAAGACCGGAAACCCUCUCCUUCUGCCUAGUCCACGAAAUGCAUUAGCAAACACAAUUUCAUUACUCACAGCGACCAAAUGCUCAAAACUGUUCUACGCAUCACAAUACUCGGAGCUUGCUGCACUGAUUGUUGGUGUACUUCCAUCUUUGGAAACAUUCGCAGUACCGAGCAUGCAGGACAUGAUUAUCAAAGACACCGAAUCAUAUCCGUACACUAAAAGCUGGGACACACACAAAGAUGAGGUAGUACUGAUUAUUCAUACAUCGGGUUCUACAGGUGCACCAAAGCCAAAAAAUUGCAGCCAUGCCCAUCUCAGUAGUGUCAUCAACAACACCAUACUACUUCCCGAUGUUCCUGGGCGAACCUCUGCAGGCUUCAAACUACUAGGCAAAGGCAACUUACAAUUGUGUGGGAGUAGCUUUUUCCAUGGAUCUGGACUCAUUAUGGCAUUUACGACCAUUGCCUUGGGUUCAACCUUUGUUUGUGGUCCACCAGAUAUACCUUCCAGUGGAAAGAUAUUGCAUGAUAUCAUGAAGGUUCUUCCAAUUCAUGGAGUCAUCAAUGCACCGAGUGUCACAGAACAAUUGUUCUUGGAGAAUAGCGAAGAUCUAGGAGAAGAAAUUGCUGCGUUAAAACAUAUUUGUUGGCUUGGAGGUCCACUAUCCCAAAAGACGGGUGACUUCAUUGUUAGCCAUACCAACGCUGUUCUAUGGCAGGUUUUCGGAUCGACCGAAACUGGCCUAUUGCCUCUUCUUGUACCACCAAAAUCACAUUGGUCAUGCAUCGAAUUCCAUCCACAGUUUUCACCAGAAUUGGAGCCGAUAACACCCGACUCUCUACUUUGUGAAGUAGUAGUACAUAGAUAUACUGAUCCAACACUCGCUUGGAGCCAACCCGUAUUUUACAUGGCGCCCGAUCAAACUCAGUGGAGGACCAGGGACAUUCUACGUCGUUAUGAUGGUCCAAUUCCCGAUGAAGUCGGUCCACUGUGGAAGUUUGAGAACCGAAUUGAUGAUUUAAUCAUCCUCUCCAAUGCCCACAAAGUCAAUCCUGUACACAUUGAAAUCCUACUACAAUCGCAUCCACUAUUAAACGGAUGUCUUGUAUUUGGGGAAGGGAAGAUCAAUUGUGGGAUAUUGUUGGAACCCAAAGAAGGUUCAGAACUGACCGAGGACGAUUUAAUAGCAUUGGUAUGGCCGGAAAUAGAAAAAGCGAAUGCUACCGUGCCAGAACAUGCUCGAGUCGAGCGAGGUUUGGUCGUCGUGGUGAAAAAUAAUAAGAGGUUUGAGAGGGCUGCUAAGGGAACGAUUGUCAGAUCUGCUUGUGUAAAGGCGUAUAACACUGAGAUUGAUGAUUUAUACGCAGAUUUUGUGUCACGCAAGAGAUGA